UUUAAGCUGUGGAGAAAACACUGCUCUACUUUUCCUACAGAAAGAGUGAGAGAGAGCAGGGGAUAGAGAGACAGUCAGAGAGAGAGAGAGAGAGAGAGAGAGAGAGAGAGAGAGGGGUGGGGCUUCUCAGUCUGGAAACAGAAACUUUUUCCUGAAAAACACCGAACAAGCUCUGACAAGAGCACACACACACACGCUCACAGGGCGUGGUGCAGCAGAGUGUUAGACAGUGCGAGUGUGAGCUGUGCUGUGAGUGUGUGUGAAAAUGGGUGAAGACGGAAUUCAGAUCGAAAGAAGGAGCAUUACAGACGGACAUGAGAGCCAAGAGCUGCACGUCCCGGACCCCCCGGACCCCUCGCAGGUUCACACCCUGUCCCAGCCUGAGCCAGAUGGUGUGUGUGCCAUCACGGUUCUGACCCUGCUGGACCAACUGGUGAAGAUGCUGGAUCGCGUCCAGGAGGACCAGAGCCGUCUGGAACAGCGACAAGCUCAGGUGGAGGGCGCUGUCCUCGGGAUCCAAAACAACAUCACCAAACUCAGCAAAAACCACAGCAUCACCGCAAACACCCUCAGCAAGCUGCUGGACAAGAGCCGCAAGGUCAGCGUGCACAUGAAGGAGGUCAGAGAUCGCAUGGAGAAACAGGCCGUCCAGGUGAAGAAGCUAGAGGCCAACCACGCGCACCUGCUCCACAGAAAUAACUUCAGAGUGCUCAUCUUCCAGGACGAGACCGAGAUUCCCUCCAGUGUGUUUGUGAAGGACCCGCCGCCAUUCCCCCGUGAUGCUGAGAAUGAAUCUGUGACUCUCGACCCCAACCGCUCGCAGGAGGAGCUCCAUACCAUCCAGCUUUCCUCUGAUGAAGAGCUGGGGCCUGAGGAGGAAGAAGAGGAUGAAGAGGAAGAAUAUUUGGGAGUGAUAGAGCUGGCUGGAGAGCAUGUAGAAAAGUCUCGUGCCGAGAAGAUCAAGCGAUCCAGCCUCAAGAAAGUGGACAGCCUGAAGAAGGCCUUCUCCCGGCAGAACAUCGAGAAGAAGAUGAACAAGAUCGUUUCUCCAGAGAAGCGUGAGAAGAUCAAGAAGAGCCUGACGCCCAGCCACCAGAAAAACCCUGGCGCCAAGAGCUCCUCCUUCAAGGUUUCCCCACUCUUUGGCAGGAAGAAGGUGAAGGAAGUUAAGGAAGAGCCCGAAGGGGAACAGCCUGCAGAGGCUGAGAGUUCCUCCAUCGCUGCAGCAACCAUUGAGCUCGACCCUAUAAACAGCCCUGACCAGAAUCUGACCUUCACUCAGGUCCACUCCCAAUUGGCUCCCGAUCAGCAAGAGUUGAAAGCCACCUUUGAAGCCAUGGAGAAGGAGGAGGUGGUCAUGGAGAAGGAGGAGGAGGUCAUGGAGAAGGAGGAGGUGGUCAUGGAGAAGGAGGAAGUGGCUGAGGGGGUGAGUGAGGAGUACGCUCUGUCCGCCACACUGCCCCAGGAUGCCUCCCCUGGAGAGAUCUCCCACAAUGCUCUGCACAGAGAGGAGGAGGAGGAGUAUGAAGAUCAGGAGAAGGAGAGAUAUGAAGGUGCCGUUCAAUCUGGAGGGGGCGCUGUGGAGUCUUAAAUUUCUUACACACACUCACACACACUCCUGUUCUCAGUCGAGCAAUACAAACACACAUUAGAUUCAGCUCUGACUGUUUAAAGCGAUAGAUCAGUUCAGAUUACCCCAGUUUCCCCCACUGACCCCCCCCCCACAACUGACCCCCUCUCACUGACUCCCCCACUGACCCCACCAAGAAAAUACUAUUGAUGAUUGAGAUGUGUUUUGAGAUGUGUUUGGUGUCUGAAGUUUACUUCUUUAAUGUUAGAGCUCUGAGGCUAAUGUAGCUAACAAGUAAUCAGCAAUAAACAAGCCUUGGCUGUUUGAGUAAGGGGGGGUCAAAGGGGCUGGGGGGGUCGACUGGGGGAAUUUUUUUAUCACUUUAAGAGCUGAAGGAUGAGCACACACCCAGCUCUGCCUGCACACCCUGCAACUCUUCUCUACCCACAAUGCAUCUGUUCUGGAAUGUUCCAUGAAAGCAAGCUGGACUUCAUCCUGUUUCCUGUUUACAGAAUCUACAGCAUCGCAGCGCCACCAUCAGGACAAAACACAGAAAUGAGUGUUUAAGUGUCCUGUUAUAAUCUGCUUCAGUCUUUAAGCGCGUUGUGCUUAAUUAGCAUCAAAUACUGUGAAUCUCUGAAGUUCUGAAUAUUAUCAAAGUCAUGUUUAACAGCCAAUCAAAUGCGCUGGAAUAAUAACAGAAGGAUGUUUGAGUGUCCUAUCAGACAGUUUUAAACUGUAUUAAACUAAAUUAGAGUGCAACAGAGUGUAUUUUGGCUGUUUACGAUGUUUCAGUGAUGUUGAUGUUGAGAGCAGAUAGUUCCUUAAACAAAUAUGGCUGUGUAGAUUAAAAAGAGACAGAGAGAGAGAGAGAGAGAGAGGUGGAAAAAAACAUGAGUUUGGCUGUUGCAUAAAGUCAACGUUUUGUCAAAUUAAAAGCCAAUUUACAACUGUCAUUUUGUGGAAGAAAAGGGUUUAAUUAAGAAAUUUAUCCACUAACAGAUAUAAAACCAGAAAAUUAACAAAUCUAUUAGAGCUAAAUCUGUUUGGAGAGAAACGUUAUGAUACAAACAUUUCAUAUUACUAAUGAAAACAUCUUUAAUAUAUUUUUAUCUCUGCACUGAGUGUAGGCGUGUGUGUGUUUCAGAUGUGAAAAUCUUUAACUUUAACUCUGAUUCUAACACUUUUCUUCCUCACACUUAGAAUAUUUGAGCUGUAUUUGUGUAAUCGAGCUGAUCACUGACACAGCACUGUAUUAGUGAAGCUUUAAUGUUCACAAUUAUAUUAUGAAAAAUUACUGAUGCCAAAGAAUCUGUUUGAAUUCAGAAUCUUCACCUUCAUUUAUUACUGAAGCACCUGUUUCUGUUUAUUCUCACAGUGAAAAAUGAAUAAAACUUUCUGAAACUCCUGA